AUGGGCAACAUAAACUUGAUUGUCACUGCCUGUGAACCACGUCAUAAUGUCUCUAUGGUUAUCACUGUAACUUGCAGUACCGGUAAUACAACUCUUGCGUUUCUCUUGGGUGUGGUGUACUAUACUCUUGCUAACCUUAUGGCUCGUCAAUUAACUUUCGUUACCGGCAACCCAAAUAAACUGUCAGAAUUCCUUAAAAUUAUUGGCGAGGAAUAUACUGAUAAAAUAAAAACUGCUGCUCUGGAUUUACCCGAAGUUCAAGGGAGCAUCGAAGAAGUGAGCAAACAAAAGUGCUUACAUGCAUGUAGUCUUAUCGGUGGACCUGUGUUAACAGAAGAUACAGCUCUAUGUUUUAAGGCAUUCAAUGGGAUGCCCGGCCCGUUUGUCAAAUGGUUUAUAAAGGCUAUAGGUCCUGAUGGACUUUAUCGUAUGUUGACUGACUUUAAUGAUUAUCGUGCUGAGGCUAUAUGCACUUUCGCUUAUUGUGAUAGCCCUGAAAAGCCAGUGCAACUAUUCACUGGUAUUACAUCAGGUUGUAUUGUUUCACCCCGUGGACCAUCUGAUUUUGGAUGGGAUUGUAUAUUUCAACCAGAUGGUUAUUCAGAAACUUAUGCUGAACUAGACAAAUCUAUAAAAAACUCUAUAUCACAUCGGUAUAAGGCUUUGGUAAAAGUGAAAUCUUAUUUAUCAGAGCAUGGUGUAUAAAAAAUAACUGAUUUCUAAUAAAGCUUUCCAUUGUCAUUAUUUUUAUAGAUUCUGUGUAAUUUUGAUGAGGCCUUUGUGAACUUACAUUUGAGAACUAUUCUUCUAACACAAAGAUAUUAAUGAAUACUUCCACCUUUUCUCUACUUUUGGUUUAUUUUGCACUAUGGUUUCAACGGUCUAAUUGCUUGUUUUCUGUAAAGCUACACUUGCC